AUGUCGCAAAGUCUAUCGCCUGAAUGUACGCCACUGAAGCAAGCCUACGACUCGUGCUUUAACUCCUGGUUCGAGGGCUACUUAGAGCCCGCAAUCGCUGCCUCGACGUCAUCAGAAACACGGGCAGCGUAUUCGAAGAAAAAGGCCGACGAAUUUCAGGCGAAGUGCGGGAAGGUAUGGGAGGAGUACAAGGCAUGUGUUCAGAAGGCAGUGAAGGAGAAGGGGCUCGACAAACUUUUGCAACAAGCGAGAGAGGAAAACCCGCUCGUUGAGCCUAUACCUCCACCUCCUGUCAAUUCCACGACGAAGUAA